AGUUGGUUGAAGAAGUGGGCGUGGCCCGUUGUUUCCCGCGUAGUUUGUGCUGUGGCUGUCAGUGUAUGGUGGAGAUCCUGUGAUACAGCAUGGACCUGUCAGUGUAUGACCCGGCCAGCCUGCCCGACCUGCUGCCCCUCUACUACCGGAGGAUCUUCCCCUUCUACCAGUACUACAGAUGGCUCAACUACGGGGGCGUUGUAAAGAAUUACUUCUCAAACAGAGAAUUCAGCUUCACCUUGAAAGACGACAUAUAUGUGCGAUACCAGUCCUUCAACAACAUGAAUGAGCUUGAGAAGGAGAUGCAAAAGAUGAACCCCUAUAAAAUAGAUGUCGGCGCAGUAUAUUCACACAGGCCCAGCAUGCACAACUCUGUGAAAUCAGGAACCUUUCAAGCUCAGGAGAAGGAACUGGUGUUUGAUAUCGAUAUGACAGAUUAUGAUGAUGUUCGGAGAUGCUGCAGUUCUGCAGAUAUAUGCAAUAAAUGCUGGACCUUGAUGACUAUUGCCAUUCGUAUCCUGGAUCGAGCCCUCUAUGAGGACUUUGGCUUUCAACACAGACUAUGGGUUUACUCUGGUAGGAGAGGAGUUCACUGCUGGGUAUGUGAUGAGUCUGCAAGGAAACUCUCUCAAGCAGAAAGAUCAGCGGUGGCAGAAUAUUUAACUGUAGUGAAGGGAGGAGAAGAAAACAUAAAGAAAGUACAACUGAUUGAUCCUAUUCAUCCAUUCAUAAAGAAAUCUAUCACAGUUGUAGAGAGAUACUUUGAACAAUAUGCGUUGGUGGGUCAGGACAUUCUGGAGAAUAAGCAGUGCUGGGACAAAGUGUUGGCGCUUGUUCCGGAAACAUUGCGAGAGAAUCUGCUGCGUGACUUCCAGAAAGCUCGGUCCUCGGUAGAUCGCUGGGAAAAGUUAAAGAGUGGUGUAGCUGGUCUGGAAUACAAAAAAGGAUCAAAUUCAGCAAAGGAAAUCAUGUUACAAUAUUGCUAUCCCCGCUUGGAUGUGAAUGUCAGCAAAGGAGUUAAUCACUUGCUAAAAAGUCCCUUCAGUGUCCACCCUAAAACAGGUAGAAUUUCAGUUCCAAUUGAUUUAAAGAAGUUGGAUAGUUUUGAUCCAUUUGAAGUUCCAACAAUAAGCUUGAUAUGUAGCGAGCUGGACAAUGUAAACACAAAAGAUGAAGAGCAAGGAAGUCCUAAUAAAGGAGAGACAGAAACCAAAAAAAAAAUCAGAGAUUAUAAAAGAACCAGCUUGGCCCCAUAUGUAAAAAUAUUUGAACAAUUUCUUGAUCAACUUGACAAGUCUCGAAAAGGAGAGAUGCUCUUGAAAAGUGAUAUAAAGAAAGAGUUUUGAAGUUUGUGAAAGUGUCAGUAUCCUUGGCACACUCUGCUUGAUGGUUGUAUUCUAAGGAUUCAUGUGUCUCUAAGAACUCUGGCUUCCUUCACUUACUACAGAGAACAACUUACCAUAUGUUUAUGAAGAUCCUCUUACUGGCCAAUGAAAAGACUGGUCUUACUAAACUGUAUUAUAGUUUUAUACAAUUUCUGUUCUCACGUGUGGUUUAUUCUUGUACGUUCCAUUCUAGGCUGUGUACUUACAGAAUGCAAUACCAGAAUCCGAAAUGCCCUAAACUGACUAUAAAGCAGCAAAAGAUGUUCAUUACCAUUGUUUUAAAUAACCAAACAAAACCAUGGUGUACAACAUGUUUUCUAGCCUAUA